AUGGAACUGACAAGAAGAUCGGGAGGCAGGAGGGCUGCACAUGCAGGAACAUGGUAUGAUGCAGACUGUACAAGCUUGAAAAGUCAACUCCAUUGCUGGUUGGAUAGCUCCUCCAAGAUUUGUGAUGGACGCAUAAAAGCCCUCAUCUGCCCUCACGCGGGUCUCCGUUUUUCUGGAUAUACUGCUGCCUGCGCCUGGAAACAAGUGGAUCCCUCUAACAUUAAGCGGAUCUUUUUGCUUGGACCUUCCCACUAUAAGUACUUCAUAGGCGUGGCACUUCCCCCAAAACAUUGCGAGGAGUAUCUGACGCCUCUUGGCGGUUUGUCUCUUGACACAGAGGUCCUGGAAGCGUUCCGUUCAAACGGGACUUUUUGUGAGUUGUCUCCCGCGGAAGACGAAGAGGAGCACAGCUUGGAACUCAUGCUGCCGUUCAUCAGACAUAUUUUCCCGGAGGGCAUCAAGAUAAUCCCAAUGAUUGUGGGGGAAUUAAGGCAACAAGAAGAAUGUCAAAAGUUUGCUGAUGUACUUAUCGAUUACUUCUUGCAUGACCUUCUGGACACAGCUGCAGCCAGGAACGACAAAGGCUUUUCCACAAAGCUAAUUGCGUAUUCCCAGGUAGGAUUCGAUGCCUUAGGGUGCUGGUUAUGCGCUUUACGAUUCAAGGUUUGCCAGUCUUUAUCUGCAUCCGAUUCACCGCAUGCCGAGGCGAUGCUUGUAUUGAAAGAGGUAGCGUAUAUUCUCCAGAGCGAUAGGGGUUCAUGCGUGACACUCUUUAUUUCAACGAUGGCAGGCCAAUUGUUACACAGUGAAGCCUAA